UUCCUCAGCUUGGUCUGCUUUAAAAAAAAAAACGGGUUUGGGAAAGAAUCCCUGGAAUUUGUUUCCUGUGAAAUUCCUAGCAGAGAGCAGAGAGCAGGGUUGGAGAGCGAUGGAGUAGGAGUACCAGGGCUGCUGUUGUGUUCACAGCGCUCGGUCCCUGCAUGGGGUUACAGCGGCUCUCUGUGUGAGAGAGUGAGGGGGUACCGCGGCUAGCGAGCCCGACACAGCCAUGGCAGAACCCCUGCUCAGGAAGACGUUCUCCAGACUGCGGGGCAAAGAGAAAGCGAGGAGGAAAACAGACCCCAAAGACAGAGACGCAACUGCAAAAGCUGCCUGCGGCGAGACGAGCCACACUCAAUCCUGCUGCCCAGCCGACGAAACAAGCAAACGAGGAACAUUCAUCACCGUUGCCAAGAAACAAAACUGGGCCAAGCUUUCCCCCGCCUGUAGGGAGCAAAGCUGCCUUCCCAGCAGUGCCUGCCCUCGAGCCCCAGGACUGAGGAGCCAGGAGUGGGAUAGCACUGCAGGAAAGGCCCCGGCUUAUGAGAAGGGCCUGAAAUCCGUCUCGUCAUGCUGUACCGUUGCUCCUACAACCCAAAGCAUCCGUGUUUUGGACAGCCAGGAAAUUACUCUACAUGCUCCACGUCUUCCUUCAAGCAAAGGUCUGACAGAACAAGGUGUCCCUGAGCUCCAGACACCCGUCCUGAGCUACUCUGAGCUUUCUACAUCAUCCAGUUCCAUUAAAAUCACCGGGCAAGGAGCGUAUCUCCAGAGCCUGGACAGGAGCAGCCGAGCCUGGGUUCUCUCCUCAGGAAAACCCCAGGCUUCUGAGGAAUGCCUCAGGCCCCCGUUGAACUGCAUAACCGAGAGGAGGCCGAGGAGGGACGAGGAAAGCAAGGGGGACAUUUGGUACAACCCCAUCCCCGAAGAGGAAGACCCCCGUCGUUUCUGUAACCCGUGGAAACGGCGUGAGGGGCGGGGCUCUCCUGAGUGCCAGAGAGGUGUGACUGACAGCAGGCGCGUGCAACGGGCUGGCAGUGCUGCCCGGCCUACCAGAGCACCAGGAUGUGACACGCUCGGUGUGGACGCCCAACCGCCUUCCAGCUGCUCGGAUAUUCACAGCCCCCGGGCGACCAAUCAGCUCGCAGCCACCAGAAUGGAUUCCCAGGCUCAGGACAGUGCUGGAGCCAGGAAUGAGAGCGCAGAUAUUCUCCCAGCCCCAGCCCCUGUAGUGUCUCCAGGGGGACCUCCUCCCUCGGACAGCCCGGCCGCUCAGAAGAAGCCCGGGGUGAUGGAGCGCAUCAGAUCCCCCGGCACUGUCCGCAGCCUCUCCAUGAGGAUGCGCAAACUCCCCGAGCUGCGGCGCAAACUGAGCCUUCGUUCCUCCCGGACCAGGCAGGGGACCGGCGACGGCACCUCUCCCCAAAACGCACGCAAGGAAUCGGGAAACGUCAUCAGCAGGUACCACCUGGAUACCAGCGUCUCCGCUGGGGACGGGCCUCGCAGACGCAGGAUCUCCUCCAAGCGAGGCAAAUCCGCCAGUAAAGGAGGCUACCUGAGUGACGGCGACUCCCCGGAACUGCUGCCCAAGCACGACAGCGCAGGAGAACCGCAGCAAGAGCAAAGGCCGGAUCCUGCUGCCUUCCGCCCGUACAGUCUGGCAGACCAGCCCCGGUGCGCUCAGAGGUUGUCGGGCCUGCUGAGUGUCCACCUCUCCGGGCUGGAGGAGGUGAAGUCUCCCCGCGUCGACUCCAAGGAGGUGUUCUGUGCUAUCCAGGUGGACGGGGUGACCAGGGCCCGCACCGCCCUCCUCACCUGCAGGGCCAGCUUCCUCAGCCUCAACCACACCUUCAACCUGGAGCUGGAGAGCGCUCAGCUUCUCAAGCUGGUGGUGUCAUCGUGGGACUCUGGCGCCAAUAGGAACAGGGUCUGCUGUCUGGGGGCAGUCGCCAUCCCACCGCUCUUCAGGGGGUCCCGCGCUCAGCAGCUGGCAGUGAAACUGGAGCCACGGGGGCUGCUCUUCGUGAAGAUGACCCUGGUGGAGCAGUGGGACGCCCCCCCCAGGCCCAGCGACAGGGAGCCCAGGGUCUUCGGGGUAGAGCUGCGCCACCUGGUGGACAAGGAAGCCUCUGCAGUCAAAGUGCCGCUGCUGAUACAGAAGAGCGUCUCCGAGAUUGAGAAAAGAGGACUCAAGGUGGUGGGUCUCUAUCGACUGUGCGGCUCCGCGGCUGUGAAGAAGGAGCUGCGAGAUGCGUUUGAGAAAGACAGCACAGCCGUGAACCUUUCUGAGGAGCUCUACCCAGACAUCAACGUCGUGACGGGUAUUCUGAAAGACUACCUCCGGGAGCUGCCCUCCCCUCUCAUCACCAACACUCUGUAUGAGGUGGUCCUGGACGCCAUGUCAAAGAGACCCCCCAAGAGCGCCCCCAACAGGCCAGAGCUGGAACCGCAGCGCUCCGCACAGACAGUCAGUCUGCUGAACUGCCUCCCUGAAGUGGAAAAGGCCACUCUGACGGUACUGCUGAACCACCUGAGCCGGGUCGCCUCCUUCAGCGGCUCCAACCGGAUGACGUCACAGAACCUGGCGGUGUGUUUCGGGCCGGUGCUGCUCACCCCGAGUCCGGACCCCUCGAGGCAGGGGGCAGGGCGCAGCUUCGCUCACUCUGAAGAGAUCGCCAGCGCCGUGGACUUCAAGAGGCACAUCGAGGCGCUGCACUACCUGCUGCAGCUGUGGCCACUCCCAAGCAAAGAUCCAGUUCGGGACUCCCCAGUCUUGGACCAGCCUGUGUCCCAGAGUUCCUUGCAGCCUCGGCCACGCCCCCUUCUCCAUCUGGACCUACCCAAGGACUCGGUGGUGUCGCGCAGGGGGCGUGGCAGACUGGAGAGCCCGCCCUGUAAUCGCUACGCGGGCGACUGGAGCGUGUGUGGGCGGGACUUCCUCCCAGCCCCGGAGGCAGACUAUGAUGAAGUGGCAGCCACUGACAGCGAGGAAGAGGAAGGGGAGAGGGGGCUGUGGGGCCCGCAAGGGAAUCUGUUCCCCCGGGACUUCAGCCUGGACCCCAAAACCAUCGAUCUGGACGCCCCUUUCACCACCAGACUCAGCCUGAAGGAUUUCGACACCUUGAUUUCCGAUCUGGAACGAGAACUCGCCAAACAAAUUCACAUCUGCCUCUGAAAGCGACGUCUCUUUCACAGACCGCCACGUACUUCAAAACAGCCAUUCAGCUUCAAACUGACAUUUUAGUAAUAAAAAUAAAGAAUCUGGACACACACACACACACAAAAAGGAAAUGCGGUACCUGCCAUCUUUAGCACACACUUGUGUGUGCAGCGCCUGGCCCUGGCAUGACUCAUUUGCUGAAGUAAUCUCCUGAUUUGUGUUUUGUGAUAUAUCACAGCUUCUUAUCCCUGUUUAGAAGUCAGUUUCAGUCUGGCAACUUCCCUGAAAGAACUAGAGACGGGUCACAGUAAAUCAGUGCGGGACCAGUAUUCUAUUGACAGUGUUUUGGCAGGUGUUUCUAUUUUUCUUGUCUUCAUUCUACAAGCUUUAACUCCUGGGGUAUUUAAAGAGAAAUAUUUUGAUAUAUUACAUUAGGUCAGUGCAGAACAGGGAAGGGAGUUCUAUAUCAAAACAAAUGUCAUGUAUUUGAAUAUGAUUUCAUGCUUUGUGAAUCAGGACCCUAUUCUCAGAAGUAGGACGUGUCUCUGUGGUUUCCUUUGAUAAAAGAUUGACGAGAUCCUGUCGGAGAAUCACGCCCUGUCCGGAUCAAAGUUCAGUUCUCGAUCCACGAACGUGUGGUCCGGUUCAGAAAUCAGAGGCUGUUUCUUAAAGCUUCAGAAAAGAUUGGAUGAUUCAAAACUUUAAAGAACGUUUUUGAUCUAGUCCUUAAAGGACCAGUUCCCAUUCCAUUCCCUUUUAAUCAAUUCCAGCACAUCGGUGAUCAGAAUUGCAAUUGGCAGUAUUCUGUUAAAAUGAGCUUCUCGCAGGGGCAGCAAAUUACAAAAACUGAAGUCGCUGCUACUGCGUCAAUUAAACUGACUUCAAAUGAAAGCAGCUGAAUGAUCAGUUAUGAUGGGAACUGGGAAGUGAUUUUAAAAAGGAACUGGAAAUGGAACUGGAAUAAAAAAAACGUUAUUGCCCCCCAGCCCUGCUUAUAAGAAGGUAGGGGUUGAUUUGAUGAGUCUGUAACCUGAUAUAUCAAGGUGGAUUUUAGAGCAUUUGACAGCACUGGAGUCACCCUGGACCGCAGGUGGGUUCUGCGGUGCUGUGAAAUGCUCUGAAGCCCCCAGCCGUGGCUUAUCGGUCUAGGCUGAUCAAAUCGAUCCUGAAGUGGACAGGCACCUUCGUGAGUGUACCAGCUGACUUUUUGCAUUUUGAGAAUUUGUUGUACACCACCUUUGUGAUAAAAACGUGUUCACAUUUACUCCUGCACAAAAUGAUCAAAUACCUACGCACUUUUUUUUUUAGCUGCUUAAGUUUCGGUGCACGGUACAUAUUUGGAAUUGUUUUGUUGUCGUAUUUUGUUCAUUUUUUUACAUGGACUAUUACUUACGUUUCCUAGUUUGUUAUAUUUAACUGGCAAACAAUCCUACAUAUAAGCUUUGAUCCGACAAGCCAGAUAAUGCUCCGGGGAUCGUAGAAGGGAGGCUACUUCUCAAAUACACCCCAACAAGUAAUGGGACACAUGUGAAUGACUGCGGGUGGGGUACAGCAUGUGUUUCACCCCAGUUCACUCCCCAGUUUGGUGCUCUUGAGAGGGGAGCGAUGGAUUUGAACACCUUGGUGAGCAUCCUCUUUAAAGAGUGACUGGUGAUAGUAUUGCUGGUGCUAAUGUAAGACUUGAAACCCUUGAUAUUGCACAGGUGAGCUCAUUUGUGCACGUCUACCCCGUGGGGGAGUGUCCGUUGAGGACAGCAUUCCCAUCCUCCACCCUUGUCCUUUACCGUUGCAUUAAAAUCCCUUGGAAUCCUCUUUAAUUGCACCUCCAAUAUAAGGGCAUGGAUGUUAGUGCUGUGUUAGCGAGGCGUUUCAUUCAGAGAAGAGACGCAGUUCUUCUGUUGUUUUCCAAGCAUUCAGUAUUAUGGAUUUGUUCAAACAUUAUUUUUGUUAUAUUGCACUUAUCGUUUGUAUUUUUGUACAUGGAUAUCAUAACAUGCCAUACAGUAUUAUCAACAAAAAAUGAUUAAAUCACAUUGAUAUUA